UGUGCUUCUUUCUCAUCAAAGCCACUUUGAAGAUGUCCCUCAUUCGAUCACAUUUGGCGUAAAAUGAAGUGAAGCCGCUUUCUUCGAACGAUUCAACAUUUCGCAUUCACCUUCAAUUCAUCCAACCAUCGGGCGCCGUUCAAAUCAAUCUCGGAAUCAAAAGGCGGCAAGUUUGGUGAGCAAUCUUCUCAAAGAAAUAGGUACUACACCCAAAUACUCACUGUGUGUUCGCGCCCAAAGCUGAGCAAUUCAGCGUGUUGAGUAGGGCGUUGAUCGGUCAGGGAAGAAGAUAUAUAAGAGGUCAACUUUGAUUGCAAUUUUCUCUUUUUUACCCCCCACCGAAUUCCCAUCAAUUCUCCUUCUAAUCCAAGCCCCUUACAAAUUUCCAAAUUCUUCAAGCCUUUGAGCAAUUUCAGAUUUCACACUCACAAAAGAAAGUCAAACCCACCAACCCCCCUCCUCGUUGCCAUGGCCGCUGACCAGGCUCAAGAAAACAGAACGGAGCUCAUCGAUAAACGCGAUUUGAACGAAUACAGUUCAUUCGCGCUUGUCGAUGCCGUUCCACGUCCAGAUGGUGGUGGCAAACAGGGAAAACCUGUUGGUGUCAUUGCCAAUUUAUACAAAACACAAUACAAUCCUUCACUCAGCAUAACACAUUAUGACGUUUCGAUUGUACCCAUGAUGGAGGAUGAAGCAGGCGGUCCACUCAGGCCUCUUCCAAUGGACGGUAGCAAGCCGCUUCCGGCAGAUGUUUUGUUUUUGGUUUUCAACACUGCAAUCAGACAAAUGGACAAUCUUACAAGUCAGCAAAGAAAAGCGAUUUGCUUUGAUGGGCGCAAGAAUGCGUACACUUGCCGAGAAUUGCCACUGCAGCAAGAGACAAUCAAUGUAGAAUUAGACCCAAGGCCUGACGCUGGUGGAAGACAACGCAGAAAGAGACUUUUCCGUGUCAAAUUUGCCCGUACAAACGAAUUCAGCUCCGACAUCAUCAAUCGUUUCAUCCGUGCUGAUCCGCAAACAAUUCGAUCAUCCGGUAGUGCAUUUGUCGAAAACUUGUCUCGUGUCCUUCAAUCUCUCAACAUUGCAUUCAGAGUGGAUGCAAUUGAAAAGUAUCGUGCUCACGGUGCUGGUGGACGUCGCUUUUUCGAUCCGGCAAGAGCUACACCGAUCGCAAAUGGAGCGGAAAUUUGGCGUGGCUUCUUCCAAAGUGUCUUGCCGUUGAGAGGCGGACUGUUCCUCAAUUUGGACGUUGCAUUCAGUCCAUUCCUUUGUCAAGGUCCAUUUUUGGAAGUGGCCGCCAAGAUUUUGAGUCAAGGAGGAGGUGGCGGUGGCGGUCGUGGUGGACGAGGCGGCGGACGUGGAUAUGGUGGUCGUGGCGGGGGUCGUGGUGGUUAUGAUGGAGGUAGAGGCGGAGAUGCUCCGCGACCAAUCACCGAUCUCGGUCAACGUGAAAUUCAUCAAUUGCGAAAAGUUCUACGCAAUGUGAACAUUCAAACGACUCAUCGACAAGGAGGGAAGCUGGAAAAAUUUAGAGGCUUUACCCCAACUUCAGCCCAAACAACAAUGUUCAUGAGAGAUGGACGUGAAAUCAGUGUGGCCAGCUAUAUGCUCGAAGCUUACAACAUUCGCCUUCGCCACCCACACCUGCCAUGCCUCAUACUUGGAGGCAAAAGCACUUUUGUCCCUCCGGAAUUGUGCACCGUUGUGGGCAAUUCACCAAUCCCACCUCAGAAGAUGUUACCAGGUCAAGUUCAGGAGAUGAUCCGGCACAGCGCUCAAGAACCUUCAAAGCGCUUAGAGGAGACAAAUAAUUGGCGUCGUAUUCGUAAUUACGAGGCGAACGAAAAGUUGACAAAUUGGGAAUUGAACGUUGACAAACGUCCGGUUGAAAUGCAAGCUCGCGUGUUGCAGCCACCACGUUUGGCUUACCAAAGAGAAGUCCAACCCCGUGACGGAAGUUGGAACUUGCGUGGACAACGGUUCGUGUCUUCAGGUGUGACCUUGGUAACUCCCGUCAUCAUCAAUUUCACCCGUGAAAAUCCGAGAGCAUGUGAAGAUUUCAUUCACAAGCUUUUCGAACAGUGCUCCAACCUUGGCAUGAAUAUCAGAGCAUCCAACAUCCAAUGCAUCAACGAACAACCGGACCCAGCAAGAAUCCGUACCAUCUUCACUGACGUAGGCAAAGCUGCCUACCACGCAAGCGGAAGUCAUACACCACCCCAAAUUUUCAUUUGUUUCGUUGACCAACAGAACGAUAUUUAUCCGGAGAUCAAACGUGUGGCUUGUAUGGAUCUGGCUACCACCGUCCCAACGCAAUGCCUGAACGCUCGCAAAGCAUUGAAUCCAAAGGGGCAAGAUCAAUACCUCGGCAACAUUGCCAUGAAAAUCAACAUCAAACUUGGCGGUUGCAAUCAAGUCUUGCCUGAUCCUCGUGACACACCGAAGAUUGGUCAAGAGACUCAGGCGAUCGGUCUGGAUGUACAACACCCACCUCCGGGUCAAGAACGUGAGAGUAUUGUAGCUGCCGUUUGCACGUUGGAUGGUGCUGGCAGACGUCUUGGCAACCAAAUUGUCACUCAGUCCAAUCCACACGGCCACCAACAAGAAACUAUUCUGAAAAGUGAAAUUUUGUUCACCAAAUUGUUGCAGAUGUGGAGAAAGGCCAACAAUGGUAACUUGCCGAAAAAUGUGAUUGUCUUCCGUGAUGGUGUUUCGCAAGGAGAAUACAUGAAGGUGUCAGAAAUCGAGGUCACCCAGUUGAAGAAAGCCUGCACCAAUCCCGAAUUUGGUAAAAAUUACAAUCCCAAGAUUGUCUACGUCAUCAACACAAAACGUCACAGAACACGAUUCUUCCCUAAAGAUCAACGUGACGCUGACAGAAGUGGGAAUUUGCCGGCGGGAACGGUCGUUGACACAAUGGUCACGCAUCCGUACAUUUUUGAAUUCUACAUCCAAACACACGCAGGUCUCGUAGGCACAACAAGGCCAUCAAAAUGUGACGUUCUCUUUGACGACCUUCGCUUCACAAGUGAUGAGAUGCAACGGCUCAUCAAUUCGUUGAGCUACACCUAUCAACGGGCAACUCGAUCGGUCAGUCAAGUCCCAAUGGCCAAAUAUGCUCACUUCCUUGCGGAAAAAGCCGGUUAUCUCUUAUUCUCAAGUUCGAUGUCAGAUACUGAGAGCACCGUCAGCGGCGGUCGUAGUGCGCCCCGCUCGACUGUCGAACAAGUCAUAGAGCGGCUCAACAAAGACAAUGGUCGCUCCUCGCUGGUCAACCUUUUCAGCACACCUUGGUUCUUGUAAUGCUGGAAGGCAGUUUCGGUUCGGUUUCUCUUCUCAUCCUUUCGGUUUCAUCUUUUUACAUCGGUUCUCAUUUCGGUUUAAUCUUUUCACAUCGCCUCAUUUCAAGAAAAGCAGCAUAAAGCAAAAAAAUGUUUCGUUUCGAUUAUUGUAGCCAAAAUUAGUUUAAUUAGUUUACCACCUAACCCGUAAUUUAUUGUAUAUUCCAC